UAGUUACUAAGUGUUUGAAGAAUAGGAUUCUAGAAAGAGAUAUGGCCGAUAACUCUUUUACUUACUGUGACAGUGACGAAGAGGUUUUUUGGGGGAAAGUUACAGAAAAAGAUAUACGGAAGCGUGCUUUACUUGGAAAUUGCUUUGACUCACCUGUUGUAAGAAGCAGCACACCCAGGCCAUCAGCAACUAAGAAACUUGCAGGAAGCAGUUCCCAAGUUUUACCCGAUGUGCUCAAUGACUCAGUUAAACACAGUUUUCCUGCUAACUGUGAAGAACUUCCAAAUAUUGAGGAACCAAAAGGUAGUUCAAACGUAGAAAAUUCUGCUAUUCUGAAUGAUUCACUCAACAAAGAUGAAGAUGUUGACAGUGAUGUAGUUAUAAUUGACUUGGAUGGCCAAAAUGAUUCUGUAGUGAUCAUAUCAGAUGAUGAAAACUUAACAGGCAAUGAUGAACUUUGUCAGAAUCGUAGUGGAAAUAAGCCUACUGUAGGAACCGGAGAGGAUAAGUUUUGUGAUACAUUCAGUGCUAUAUCUACAGAAGAUAAAAUUGAACACACAAGCCGUAUUGAAGUAGAAAACUCAAGCCAAACUGCUGAUAAAACUACUGAUGAUGUCUUGAAGAACCUGAAUGAAUAUCUGGGUAAUAACAGCACUGUGUCUGAUCUAAGCUUCAACUCAAAACAAAAAUUAGAGUGUGGAAAUCUUGAAAAUACCAGUUCUUUGUCUAAUGAAGACUUAGAAUUCAAUACUGCUGAUACUACUAAAGAGAGUAACAACAUUUUAGGAGUUGAACAUGACCUUGAAAACAAAGCCAUAGUUGAGUCUAGAAAUGUUGAAGACACUUUUUCAUCGGAGGAGUUGAAUGAAUGUAGAGAGGUAUCUGAAACUGAGAAACUAGUUGAAUCGAAUGAGGAUGCAGUGUCAAUGGAGUCAGCUUUGGAAAGUGUUGCAGAAACCAACAAACGUGAUACAAUAGAUCCAUUGUCUGUGGAAGCAUUAAUUCAAGCUUCAAUUCACUUAGAAAACCAAGACGUCAUCUCAUCAGAAAAUAAAACUAAUAAAGAUAUCCUUGUUGAGAAGCCCUCUGUCGAAUUGAGUGGGUUAAGUGACUUUGAUUGUUCAUCACUGAAUGGUGUAAGUGACAGCAUUUUAAACAUAUCCCAUGGUUCCUCAAUUUUGACUAGUCCUGUGGUAAAACCACUCAAAAAUCAUGUGGGUUUACAUGCAAACGUCAUGUACGAGGAUAUCAGUUGUGAUGGAGAGCUGCUGCUUGAUCAAGUGCCCAAACGUGUAGAGGAAUCUGAAGACUUACACAUGUCGGUGGAUGAACCUGAUUUUAAACAAGGGGAGAGCGGUCUCAUCGAGUCCGGGACUUCAGCUAACACUUCCCAACAUUCCUUCUACAAGUCAUGCUUGAACGGUAGUGACAGUAGCUACUUCACAGCACUUGACGCCAACAGUAGGCAUCCUACUUCCAGUUCGUUUCAGAGCUACAGAGACAAUGCUGACAAAUCAAUAAUUCUAACUGAAGAAACUGAAAAAUCAAGUGCCUUGGAAACAAGUUUUGAAAUGGUCAUGAAAAAUCCGGCAGAACUCUUUCACAGACACUUCUUUGGCCGCAUCUGUGGGAAACACAUCAGGACAGGUUAA